AAUGCACAAUACAACUUCACAUUCAUCUUCGACUCGACGGGUACCCGCGAAACCGUUGCGUUACUACCUCAAAAUGAUCUUGCCAUGAACGGCGCUGCGGUAUCUGACUCGCUCUCGUUCAGGCCCCGCGGUUACUCACUACCGUCCGACAGUCCGCCGAGUCCCUACAGUCCCAGGUGUUACUCUACCUCAUCCUUCAUCGCGUCGCCGGACGAAAACCGGCCAAAUGGUUCCUCCGCUUCUGCGACGACGACUGAUCCCCCCUCCGGCUUUCGAACCCUUCAAACGUUGGACCAGCUGCGUGUCCUCAGAGGGUAG